AUGACGCAACAGAAAAGUAAGGACAAUUUUCAUUGGUUAGAAAUAACGAAAGUAGCCGGAGCGGUCGUAAUGCACACAUUGACACAACUUCGCAAGCAUGAAAUUGGCGAAUUCAACCUAAAGUCAAAAUUAUAGCAUUGAAUUGGAUUCUUGAACCAGAGCCAUGUGAACCUGGUCCACCUGUACCUCUCAUUGAAGACCUGUUAACAUCACCAGAGUAUGUUCAUUCUGAUACCCCUAUGGUAUGGUUACAGCAUGCAUUAUCCCUGAAUCCAUUAAAAGAGCUGCAUUGGCAACGAAACAACCCAAUGUGGUCGAUUGUAAGGAAAUAUAGCAUAUCAGCUUCCAACUUUGGUGCAGUUCUCAGUUCUAAGCAAAGGCGAUUGACAUUGUCACUGAAGAAACAGCUGAUGUCGGCUUACAAUCUGGAGUCCAUCAAGGCUGUUGCAUGGGGUAUCACUCAUGAAGAUGAUGCUUUGAGAAAGUAUGAAAAGGACUUAGAUGCAGCUGUAGAGCAGUCAGGAUAUGGUUGCAUGAAUCCGGAGUGUUGGGAGCUUCACCUGAUGGCUUAGUUGUUCGACCACCAACAUGCAGUGUAUUUUAUCAAACUCCAGAAGCCAAAGACGCCAUUCCUAAUAUUGUAGAGGUGAAGUGUCCAUAUACAGCAUCGUCUUCAACAGUAGCAGAUGGGGCACAAAAUUUGAAGGAUUUUUCAUAGAUCUUAAACAAGAUACCCUGUGCCUGAAAACCAGUCACCCAUACUAUCAUCAAAUUCAAGGCCAGCUACACAUAUGUAACAAAACAUUCUGCGACUUAAUUGUGUGGACAAGAGUAGACUGCAUUGUGAUUAGAAUAGUAAAAGACAUUGAAUGGAGAGCAAAUGUUCCAAAGCUGAUAGAUUUCUACAUUAACAUUUUCAUACCAGCACUGAUGGAAAACUGAGUUCUGGUUUGAACUUCUUGACACUUAGUUUUGUACCUCUAGAAUUUUCUAACAAUGGAAAAUGGGUAAUCAUGUUAAAUGUGUUGAAUGUUCCUAAGUCUCAUAAAUGUAUGAUAUGAUAUGUCACAAUCCAUCAUAAAACUUCUGGCUUAUAAGACUAUUUUAAAUAGCAAUGAUGAUUAAUAAAAUCUAUGUACUACAUAAAAAAAGAAUAUCAAAAUUUAGAAUCAUUUUAUUAAUGAAUUGAAGAUGUUAUUCUCAAAGUGAAAAUGUAACAUUUUGGUCUUUCUUAAUAGAUAAAUUGUUGAAAACAUGAA